UCAGACGGCGGGCGUCUGCCUCUGAAGUUAGCAGUGAUUUCCUUUAGAGCCUGGCCUUAUCUCCGGCCGCACGUUGCCUGUUGGUGACUAAUAACACAAUAACAUUGUCUGGGGCUGGAAUAAAGUUGGAGCUGUUUACCCCCACUCUAUAGGGGUUCAAUAUAAAAAGGCGGCGGAGAGCUGUCCAAGUCAGACGCGCUUCUGCAGCGGCGCUGGGGCGAGCGCGCACAGGGUCCUCGGUCCGCGCUGCUGUCCCCGCACGCCACCGCCGCGUGCGCCCGCAGACCGCUCCCACUGCCGGCCCUCCUGGCAGAAACUUCUUUUUUCUCUCCGUUAAAGAGCACUUAGGCUGAAGGCUCACUUUGAGAUCUGAAUAACCAGAAGAGCUUUGAGGGACCCGAAGCUAUUAUUUUUCUUCGUUUUCCUUUGGGUUCAGUUGGCAGGGGAGGACUUUGAUCCCCACUCCCUCCCCCCUUUUUUUUUCAGAAUGGAUUAUUUCCCCAUGAUUUUCUCUCUGCUGUUUGUGGCUUUCCAAGGAGCUCCAGAAGCAGCGGUCCUGGGCGCGGAGCUCAGCACGGGCUUGGACAGCGGAGGGGAGAAGCCCGCCCCCAGUGCACCCUGGCGGGCCCGCCGGUCCAAGCGCUGCUCCUGCUCCUCCCUGAUGGAUAAAGAGUGCGUCUACUUCUGCCACCUCGACAUCAUCUGGGUCAACACUCCCGAGCACAUUGUUCCCUAUGGACUCGGAAGCCCUUCUAGGUCCAAACGAUCCUUAAAGGAUUUAUUUACCACAAAGGCAACAGACCACAGGAAGAGAUGUCAGUGUGCCAGCCAAAAAGACAAGAAGUGCUGGACUUUUUGCCAAGUGGGAAAAGAAUUCAGGGACCAAGAUGGUAUGGAGAAGAGCUGGAAUGACCCUAAGAAAGGCAAAGACUGUUUUGGGCUUGGAGAAAAGUGUGUUCAUCAGCAGCUGGUGGCAGGAAGAAAAAUGAAAAGGUUGGACGCCAUCAGCAACCGCAUCAAAACAGCUUUUCGUGUUGCAAAGCUGAAGGCGGGGAUCUACACAGAGAGGCAAGUGACUCACAACCGAGCACACUGAUGGCAGGUCACCAGGGCCCAUGGCUGGCCCGCCCGAAAGCCUUCUCCUCCGAGGAGGGAACCCUGUGGCUGAUUCUGCACUCUCUCCCCAUGGCUGGGAUCAGAGCAACAGCAUCCUCCCUGCUUUGACCGACCAUUUCUUGCUCCAACUGGCAAUGGACCAGUGCCCUCGCUCUAAACAUUCCAGGGAAGGUUAAGGAGUCCCCCAAUCCAUCUUCAUUUGCCUCCAUUGGUGAUAACUGCUUUCGUCUCUCCUCGUUUGGGGUGACAAGAGACUACUCAGAAGGCAGAGAGACACACAGUGACUUGUGAUUUCGGGUGUCACCAUCCAGAGGGAGGACAGGAGAUUCCACACAUGGUGGAAUUUCUGAAGAGGGUCCGAAGGGAGUGUUUGUGUCUCACUCAGGCGCCUGGCACAUUUCAGGGAGAAACUCCAAAGUCCAUGCAAAGAUUUUCUAAGGAAUGCACAAAUUAAAAACACUCUCGAAGGACACUCAAGUUAAAAAAAAAGAAAGAAAGAAAGAAAGAAAAAGACUUUUUUUUCUUUUUAAAUUCACAAAAUGCAAAACUAAAAGAUACUGCUACUACUGUAAAUCAGGAUGGGUUUGAUGAAUCUGAGUCUACCUCACCUCUAUUGCACUCUGGUAGAAGUACUCCCCCCCGCCAAAAAAAGAAGUACUUCCCCACCAUUAACUAUAUCCCCCCC